AUAAACAAAAGCAAUAAACCAAAAGGAAUACGACAAGCAGAGCAGAACAACAACAAAGCGUCAGACAGAAAAAUAAUAAGCUAAAAUAGAAACGCUACAGAUAAUAAUUAAUACAACUAACACACACACACACCUAGGCAUAGACAUAUAGACAUAGACUCAAACUCAACCUAACCACAAAAUAAGCAGAACAGCGGCCGUUAAAAACCUGCCCAAAAUAUAUACAUAUAUAUAUGUAAAUAUAUAUCAAUUAGCGACUUACGCUGACGUUGACCUUGUUUUUGUAACAACGAACGCAAAUAGUGAGCAAGUGCAUUGCCGCCGCCUGACAGACAGUGGGAGAGGGAAAGAGAGCGACAUAGCAACAUCGCCAAUUGACUUCCUUGUAAGAAGAGCGCAACAACAACAACAUUAGCGCUGCACCGAGUUGUGCAAUAAUAGAAAAAAAAAAGAACAAUUUAUACCAGCAGCUGUGUCAUUUUGCCUGAUUGUUAAACUAAAUAUUUAAUAUGAGCAUACUGUUGCGGCGCAAUUCGAGCCAGCUGCACUUGCUGCAGCGUCUGGGCGCAGCGACGUCGGCAGCAAUCACGCGGCUCGCAUCGAGCACUAAUGAUAACAACAAUGUAACCGAAACUGCAACAACAACAAAGACGCCGACGCCGACGACGACGCCAUCUGGUACUAAGCGCAAAACGCUUGCUGCUGUGGCUGACGCUGAUAUCAAGAAAUCGGUUUUCAUUUCGCAAUCAAGUGACGUCUUCACCAAUUUGGCACUGGAGGAUUGGCUGUAUAAGAACUUUGAUUUCGGGCAUCAUCAUGUGCUGCUCCUGUGGGUCAACGAGCCGUGCGUUGUCAUUGGCCGCCAUCAGAAUCCGUUUACCGAGGCGAACGUCUCCAAGCUCAUGGAGCGGGGCAUCACGCUGGCCCGUCGCAACAGCGGCGGCGGCGCCGUCUAUCACGAUCGGGGCAAUCUCAACUGCACCUUCUUCACGCCCCGCGAGCGCUACGAUCGCAAGUACAAUCUGAACAUUGUGACGCGCUCCCUGUUCCGCGAGUGGGCCAUCAAGACAGAGAUCAAUGAUCGCGAUGAUAUUGUUAUCGCCAACAAAAAGAUAUCGGGCACGGCCGCCAAGUUAGGUCGUCCCAAUGCGUAUCACCACUGCACCAUUUUGGCCAGCGCCAACAAGCUGCAUCUGGGCGAGUCGCUCGUCAAGGAGCCAGCCAAUUAUAUUAGCCGUGCCACCGCCUCGGUGCCUUCGCCCAUUCGCAAUCUGGUCGAUGUUAAUCGCAAAGUGAACGUGCCGCAGCUGCUCUCCGCAGUGGGCUAUGAGUAUCUGCGCACCGCAGCGACAGCACUGGAGGAUGGUGGCAGCACGCAGACAAUGAAGCAACGCGGCUUUCAGUUGAUCAAUCCCACGGAGAAAUGGUUCCCAGGAAUUGAGGAGCUGCGCGCCAACUAUAGCUCCUGGGAUUGGGUCAUUGGCAAGACGCCCAAGUUUACGGUAGAAAAAGAGCUCGAGGUGAAGGGCGAUGAGCGUGGCAUGAAGCUCAAGCUAAAUGUUGAAGUGGAAGCUGGUCUGAUGUCCAAAAUAUGCUUGCAGUUGCCCCAGAGCGAGCAGCUGGUGCCGGUGGUCACUCCCCUGCAGGGCCAGGCCUACAAUGAGCAAAAUCUGAACGGCAUCAUGGACGCCCUCAAGCUGGUCUCCACCUCAAAUAUGCAGCAGGCGAUGAACGGCUCAAUUUGAUUUUUGUUUUGCUAGCAGGAUCCACAGCAAUAGCUGCCUCUGUUUUAGCCAUUUCAUAUAUUUUACAAUCUGAUUUCAUAUUAUGAUCUAUACAACUGGUCUAAAUACCUGAACUAACAUAGCGUGUAAGAACAUUAAUAUUUUCCAUAUAUAUUUUAUAUACUUUAUAUAUCAAACAAACGAUUUGCAAUAAAUGCGUUACAUGAAAUGUA